CGAAGUUGUUUAUAUAUAACAUAAAAACAAAUCUAUUUUCUAAAGAUCGAUAAAAUAAAGCAUUUUUUUUAUUACACUGUGGUAUUAAUAUCCACAACUAUAUUAUCAUUUUCACUACAAGCAAAUGUGCUCAGACAAUUAUUAUAGAUGGUAGGCGACAUCAUAAAGUCUAUUGCCAUACAUUUUUCGCCAAACACCUCCAUAAACACAUUAUAAUCUGUAUAUAUGUUAGACUUUAAGGUAUCUAUCUAUGGUCGUACGUUGCCUGACUAUAAAUUAAUACAAUUAUAAGAUGUGAUACACUAAAAAUCUAAAAUAUGGUUAUAUUAAAAACAUAACAAAAAUAAUGAAGCUACUCAGUAUAUGGCUAUAUAACCUAAAUCUCUUAGCUUUCUUUGGUUAACGAGAGUUUAGAAAUUCUCUCUAAUCUGUGGCUCAUUCACAAUCAUCACACAGUUUCUGUCACAGAGUACCUUAAUAUAACCGGAAAUGCAUAGAUGACACCUGAUUUUAAAAGUUACUCUUAUGUAUUAACUUUAAAAACAGGCAACUAUCUGUUAAUCUACAUGCUCUAUAUACCUGUAUCUAAUCCAUAAUUUUGGUACUUGGCUUGAUUUCCCUAGUUAACUAUAUAACUUAUUUGUUUUUUACUAUUAUAAUAUGUUCAAUGUAUAUGGUUUAUAGAAGUUCUCAGGGGUGUCCAUCAAUAAUAUUCGUUUCUACAGUAAUUUAUAUAUAAUUUCGAAUCUAGGAAACAAUUUUUCAUGAUUAUUGGUAAAGACCAAUAUUGUUGGCCUAAAGAGGCCAAACAUGUAUGGAAGCUAAGCAAUCUCCUUUAGGUAACUUCAAAAUUUAUAGGCACAUUAGAUAUUUUAUUAGAGUAAUCUUCCAUACUCUCGUAGUCUUCAUUUUCAGUGGUUUUAUUGCAUGAAAUCUAGUUUAUACAUAAAUCAAAACAUUUUCUUUGCCCAAUUUUUUAACAUAAUCAUGUUUAUAAUGCGCUUUAAUAGCAGCGUUUGAAAAAAUUGUUUCAUUAUGAGUAUUAGGUAGAAAGUUUUAUUCAUAGAGUAUCUUAUCCAUACAAUGUUUAAGCAAUUCCUCAUGUGAUGAAAUUCUAAUUUAGAAUUUUGGUUAUUUUUUAUAGAUUAAGGUAGGCAAUUGACUCUAGAUAUGCUAUCUGAUGUUACGCGGUGGCAAAGUUCAGACGCGAAGAUAGCCGGUGCAGCAGUCAUGAAUUGCCACACAAACCGCCCUCACCUUGCGGGCUUGCACAAAUGCUUCUUCACACCUCUUUUAAAUACACAAAAUAAAACGGGUUUCCGUGUCGAUUGCUGAUUUCUUUGGAUCUUUGGUGUAGUUCUUUGUAGGUAAAGUUCAUGCGCACUUCAUUAUUCAUUAACGACAGAUGAUAUUCAAAAGCACACCUAUGGGAAUUUUAUAUGCGAGAUUAAUUCUGUUGGCUGUGCAGUUUUGAUUACACCAUGUGCCAUUGUAUGUGCACAUGUGUAUGUAUGUACAUCUAGAUAAGUAUGAACAUAUCCAGAUUUUUCAGGUGUUUUAGCUGUAUUAAAGCAGUUAAUUGAGUAAUUUUGGUCCCGACAGUGUAAAGACCUAAAUAAAAAGCAUUGAAUAUGCAUUACUUAUUGUUUUUUUUUCUUACAUAUUCCAGCCCCUCUAGCAUGACCACCGAAAUGGGAUAUGAUAAAGCGAUAUAUCGGCAUUAACUGUCGGACUACAGUGGAGUUUGACAGUUGAGACUCGAUAAAAAGCUUUAUUAUAUCCCGUUUUAGUGGUCAUGCUAAAGGGAGGGCUGUAUUGCUGUGAAUAAUCAUACUUUACUUAUUUUAUAAUAUUGCUAUUUUUGCUUAAAUAUUUUUGUAGUACUUACCAUGACGAAUUAAAAUUACAUAUCCAGUUGCUUGAUGUUCAGACCGUGAGCUAAUUAAUGACCUAAAGUUUAUAUAAGGUCCUCGAACAAAAAAACACUCCAUUUUUUCUCUUCUCUUAAAAACUUACCAAAUGUUUAGGCAACUUUUCCAAUUUUUCUUUACCGCUGUAACGUCCUUCAGAUUAUUAAGAGCCUAAAAAUUAAUCCUACUGGGCUAACCAUUAGUGAACGACCAAAGAUCGUGCUUUUAAUUAAUUUUAGAGUCAAUCACAGUAUGAAGAACAAGGGGAUUUUUAAAUUACACGUCAUUUCAUUUAGGUAUCGAAAUCCUAAUAAACCUUCAAUGUAAUAAAUUGUUUGUGUUUGUGCAAUCGUUUUUAAUUGUUGAAAUGGGCAAUCGUGAAAGAUUUUCUAAGUGAGAAUAUUUUUGAAAGGAAUAUCUAAAAUAGAUGUUAUAAACGAUUUAUUACAUAUAUUAUUAGAAAGUUAUCAAGCUUAAAAGCAACGAGUUUAUAAUUUCAUAGUCAAUUUAUUUGUAAAAGUAAUUAAGGUCAUAUUACUACAGUUCAUAAUUUGUUGUAAAUUAGAUCUUAUCAACACUUGUUGUUUAUUGUGUUAAAUACUAUUUUGUUAUGGUUGUUAUACGUCGUUUUCUUGUUUCAUUGACUAGCUGUUAGUUUUAUGAAUGAACUUUCAAGAAAAGAGUGCAUCUUGUGCUACGAAUUGAAUUGGUACACAUAUCUUAGAAAGGCUGCCGUAAUUGUGGAUGGGAAACAACGGGGCUAUUGUCAUCGCAUUCCAUAAUAUUUGCUCAGGUGUGCAUUAUGCGUCGGGUGUUGUAGUGAGUGGUACAGUACAAAUGAAUGGGCCGCGGCGUUGAUAGUGGCGUGCAGUGCGCAUGUGUACUCGCGCUCGAUAACUGCACUACGGGUCGCCGCCGCACGUGUCCAUGUGAUCAGCCGGAGAGUUUGGGGUUGCGAGAUAAAGGAGGCUGCGAGGAGGCGCACGAGGGCCGAGCCAGCGAAGGCGCGGGGUGCGAUGCGCGGUGGCGACGGCGCGGCGCUCCACUCGCACACUCGCGCUUAUCGGGCCUGAGCGCCGGCCGCGUGUCACGUAUCGUUCCCGCUCUCCAUACGCAGCCUUUAACGUCUCGUUCGAUCGGAUUGUUGUUCUCCACCAUCGUGCAUAUAGCUCUGCGUUUCUGUGUGAUGUGUGAAAUUGGAUUGGAGCAGCCGUUUUAUGGAAACAUUUUAGUUUGUUGAGUUGGAAAAUCGCGUUUGGGGGAAAGUGUUUUCCGUAUUUGUUUGUGAUAUCGUGACGGGACCGGUGCGGCGGCGGGCGGGCUGCUCGUAGUGGCGGCGGGUCGGUGGAUGGUGCGGCGCGGGCGGGCGCCGGGGCGCGGCCGGCGGCGCCGCUAGCAAAAUGUCGAUACCCCUGAGCCGGGACACCGUGCUCCCCACGCAGUGCAUGGCGCGCGCUCUGUACGACAACAUCGCCGAGUCGCCGGACGAGCUCGCGUUCCGGCGAGGCGACCUGCUCACUGUGCUCGAGCAGAACACCGGCGGCAGCGAGGGCUGGUGGUUGUGCUCAUUAAGAGGAAGACAGGGAAUAUGCCCGGGGAACAGACUGCGGAUAGUGGCAGGCGUGUUCGACGCGGGCUCAGCGAUGCAGCGGCGACGCGCCCGACCGCCCCCGCCUAUCGCCCACCAACCACUGCCCGUGCAACCGUCGCCAGCUUUUACCAAGAUUGAGGAAUGUUCGCACUACGAUGUGCCUAGAACGCCGAUGCCAGUGAAUCGUAUAGGAACGUACGACUGCCCGCGGCCGCUGACGGAUUGGUACGAUGCGCCACGUGCGCCACGGCCCGCAAGCGCUGACUCCGCUUGCAGCGGCACCGGCAGUUUAGCUUCUGCCACCUCGAGCGCUUCAGCGAACUCCGGAAGCUCAGUACAUUCUGCCGCGUCGGCUUCAAGCACCUACGAUGUGCCGAGGUCGCGCGCGUUACCCCUACCGUGCGACGCAGCGCUUGAAGCGUUGGAAAGAUUACAAGAGGAGGCUUCAGCAGCGGUGUCGAGGUUACUAUCGUACGUGACGCCGGGCUGGCGGCGCCGCGGCGCGCUGCGGGCGCGCGUGUUGGACGUCCGCGUGGCGGGCGCGCGCCUGCGGGCCGCGCUGCACGACCUCGCCGUGUUCGCUGAUGCCACGCUGGCCAAUGCGCACGAUGCGCAAGACAAAGGUAUCGCAGUAAAAUUAAGGCCACUAGUGAAAGCCUUGAAGGACGCGGAACGUAUAACGCACGAGGCGACGAGCGCACUAGACGCGGGCGACUGGGCGCCGGAACGCCUGGAGAGGGAUCGGGAACCAACAGACGGGACACAAGACGCGCUCGACCAACUGGUGGCGUGUGCGCGGUCUUUGACUGAAGACGUGAGGAGGGCUGCGUCGUUCAUCAAUGGCAACGCUUCUUUACUGUUUAGGCGGUCAGCGACCGUAUCGGCGCCCGACCACGAAUGGACGGAAGAGUACGACUACGUACGCUUGGAGUCGCGGACGGCUGUGGGACGUCGCCACGCGGCGAUCCGCGCCGCGUUGCCGGACAAACUGCGUGCUUCCUUCGACGCGCUAGUGAGGGACGCCGACCACGCGGGAGAAGUUAGCGCAGUAGCUGCAGCGACCCGUUUACCCGCUGACGAUCGGCAGUUAGCCGCAUUCUACGCAGCGCAGACCGCCACGUAUGGGGCGCACCUAUCGACCGCACUAGAAGCGUUCCUACGCACCGUCGAGAUGGGUCAACCACCCGACGUAUUUCUGGCGCACGGCAAGUUCCUAGUGCUGAGCGCGCACCGGAUCGUGCACGUCGGCGACACGGUACAUAGGAGCGCCCAACACGCGAGUCUCAAGUCCAGAGCGCUGCGAUGCUCCGAUGCGCUAUCAGACGCAUUAGCCACAACGGUGGCCAAAACUAAGGCGGCCGCGCAACAGUUUCCGUGCGCGAGCGCCGUCGCAGAAAUGGCAGAAGCGGCCAAAGUACUAGCAGCCCGCGCUCAGGAACUACGAAGGGUCCUCGUUAGAGCUGCAGACCCCCCCAUGGCUGACACCCCUCUUACCCCCGCCACUGCAGUCCCCCCUUCCGCACCCACUACACCAUUAACCCCCCUUACCCCUCACAGCAACAGCGGUACGCCCUCAUUAGCCGCCUUACAGAUAUAAAACAAACAGACGCGUUAUGAGGACGCAAUGAAAGUACUGAGCCUACCCAGAAGGCGAAACCCCAAACGGCUGAAGAUUCCUGAGGCAGUCUUUGGCUUCGAAACGCAUGGACGGACCAUGCGAAAAGUUGUUUAUGUUAUUCACACAACAGUGUCUUCAAUAUGGGGACUGCGCUGGAAGCGACAGCUAUAGGAGACUAUUUUCACGAUGGAGUAUAUUGAAUGUUCUGAUUUAAUCGUUGUAAAUCAUAGAGACGCGGUGCCACGACGGCACUCAAGCUUACCGCUCGCGAAUCAAAUUUAUAGCCGAGCGUAGGUUCGCUUCAUUACCAAAGAAAACAUUGAGAUAGGUCGUACAAUACGGAGAACGUAAUACUGCCAACGCGAAGACAAAUAACCGAGUUUCUAUUUUAGAUUAGCAUUAUACAUUUAAAGAGAAGGCUGCGAUUACUUAAGUUCUUUUGUUCCUUUCAAACGGGAUUUGUGACAGUUUAGAGUGCUGGAUGCUCAUUUGCCGUAGUGAGUUGAGUUGUCCGUCCAGUUUUAUACAAUUUUGCAACAAUAAUCGUAACUAAUGUAGAAUGUGUAUGUGAAUAUUGAUGUGCGACUUUGUUUCGUCGCUGGAACGUGGACGGGCUUUGCUCCUUCGACCACGCAUGAAACAUUGCUCCGUUUUAAAUUAAGUAGUACUUAGUAACGCAUAUUUGCCGAUUGACUGAUUUUCAAUUAUGCUGUGAGCAUCAUAUUUCCGCGAUGGUUAACUAAAAUUAGAUAUGUGUGCGCAGGCGCAGUUAUGUAUAGAUAUUGAAACAAGAUAAAUGUUACGUUACGAAUGGAAAGGUAAAAUUAUAUUAAAAGUAUUGAAAAUUAUUUGUUUUAAAUAUCACAGACGUAUCACAUACAACCUCUUAUUGCUAUAACAAUGCAAUAAAAAACGCGCUUCCUAAUUCAUUGUGCUCAGUUUACAUAUAAACAAUCAAUAUAUAUCAGAGUAAUUGAUGUAUAGUUUGUUAAGAGAAAAUAUCUGUAAAUCGGACCAUAGAACAUCGAAGUUACAAUAAAAUGUAAUUUUACAAAGUUCCUUCACAUCUUUUUCUGCGACACGUUAUAAGUACUUAUAAACUGAAAAGUAUUCAUUUAAAAAUUAUUAGAACAUUUUGACAAGAACGAGUUUUGGAAGUAUUUGAAAAUUAAGUCUUUUUUUGUCUCCGUUGCAGAUAAGCGUCUCUAACGGCAGCUACUGUUUAAUGGUAAAGAAAAAUAUCGAAAACUUAUCUUAACUCGAACAAGACAUACAUAAUACGCAACAGCAUUAUCUACUUUUACAUAAGAAUUUUUAGUGAUCAAAUCCUAGAAAAUUGUUCUGAGUUUUAUCGCUAAUAAUUUUCGAAUGUGUAGGUUGUGGCAGGUGCAUAAAGCCGUAAUUAGAAUAACACGACUGACUCAACCGUUGGACAUGCUCAAUUAUUCUAAAUUAUGUUAAAAUCCGUGUGUUUUUUAUUAAUCCACGUGGCUUGUCAUGACAUUUAUUAACUACAAUAGCGUUACUGUAUGUAUGUACGUACCUACAUUUUGUACUUUAUAAAUAUGGCGUAGAUAGAUGUAGGGUAUGAUAUCAGUGUAAAAACAUGUUGUAUAUUAUGUAGUGUUGUGUAAUAUAUUUCAUAGUCGUCGUAGUUUAGUUAGGUAUAGAUGAAAUUGUACAAAUGCAUAUUAAAAAUAAUAAUUUUUAUUGAAUUGUAAUUUAAUCAUCUUGUAAAACGCAAUCAAGUAAAAUAUACAAAUUUUCGUAUCUACCUGGUUGUUUUCAUUUUAAACAAAAGUAUUUUUAUAUUUAAAUCAAAAGCAUAUGUCUACUAUAAAAUAAAAAAAAUGGUUGCAUCCAAUAUAUGCAAAAAUUAAAAUAACCUCCACGGAUUCUUCGCCGACAGGCAAGUAAAUAAACUUCUUUAUUUUCAACAUUUCUUCCAUCAUCGAGGUCCAAACACCUCGAUACUGUCUGCAUACUUCAGUCUGCAGGCUUGAAUAUUUUUCAAUGAAAAACGAUGGUUGUUUCCUCAAGUCUGGUGAUAUUGGCUCAGAUAAUGUUGUGCCCUUGCUUCUUCAGGGGUGUAAAGUAAGGCAGGAUGGCCUGGUGGCAGUUUCAUUGCUGCAGAUAUAGAUUCUAGUCUUGCAGAGCGAAGGCGUAAUGCCAUCUCUAUCGCUCUCGAAUCAUUUCUCAUUGUUUCUGCGCGCAUAGAUCGUUCUACUCUUUCUUUUUCCAA